UACUGGAGUAGAAAUUACGUCUGCAAAUCUGUGAAAUGACUUCAGUUUUCCAUCGAAGAGCGAAAAAUUCAUCUGUAUUUCCUGAAACUAUAAUAUUUGGUAGUUUGUUUAGCGGUCAUGAGAAUAGCUCGCUGCACUAGUAGGGGUCCGCGUUCUGUUGGUUUGUUUCCGUCCAAUGGCUGUUAGCAAUGAAUCAGCGAGCAGCGACAAGGCUUCGCCCUCGCUGCUUUUAUACGGCAAACAAUUGUCUCCAGAAUGGAAAGCGAUUUCGACAGCGGAUCAAAGGAUAUAUUUUGUCAAUCAGCGCACUCGAUCAUCACAUUGGUUUCCGCCACCUGAAUUUUGGACUAGUAAACUUGGCCUUCCAUACGGAUGGGAGAUGUCUUUGGAUGACCACAACAGGAAAUACUAUAUAAAUCAUGUGACAAGGGCAACAACUAGAGAAGACCCAAGAUCAGAAGCUGAUCAGGCGACUCAUGUUAACAUGACACCUCCUCAAGCAAGGAGGAUCGAGCUUGUGAGAGAUGCUAAAAUAGGGUUUGGUUUUGUCGCUGGGAGUGAAAAGCCAGUGGUAGUUCGCUCUGUUACACCAAAUGGUCCAUCCCACGACAAGCUGUUUGCCAAUGAUCAGAUUCUGAAGGUGGAUGGAAAAGACGUCAGGUCUGCCGCUCAAGCUGAUGUCAUCAGUCUUAUAAAAAGUGCGACUGAUCGCAUUGAACUCGAAGUGGUGGCAAGUGAAGAUGUACAAGAUAGCAAAAACCAGCACAAUCGAAAGUCUUCACUCAUGAGUCGAACCACAAGAGAACGCCGUCGAUCAACCCCAGUCUCCGUUCGUUUCGCGGAUGAGCCUGCGUUGGUGCAGGUCAUUGGUCCGAUGGAGCCCGUCCGAAGAUCUUCAGUGCCACUCAUCCCUAAUGUGUUGAAGGUGUUCUUGGAAAAUGGCCAGACACGUUCUUUCCGUUACGACUCCGAUACAACUGUCGAGGAAAUAUUUAGCUCAUUUAGCUCAAAGCUCGAUAUAAAGUCAAUAGAACACUUCAGUUUGAUUCUCAGUGGCCCCAAGAAAGGACAGGUUUCGUACAUACAAAACAACGAGAAAAUCUCAGAGAUUUACACCAAUCGCAACUGCAGCAGUGUCAACUGUAUCUGUAAGCUUGUCAUCGCGUUUGUUCCCAAAGAUCACUAUGAGCUACUGUCAGAGGAUCCAAACACCUUUGAAUAUCUCUAUGCCCAGGUAAGCAACAGAGUUGUGGAAGGUUUCUAUGGAAUGGACCUGAAAUAUGAUAUGGCCAUAAAACUGGCGGCGCUUCAAAUCCAACAGAAAGCCAUGGAAGCUGCCGCAGGAAGACCAGUGAAAAUCUCCGUUCGUCAGGUGGAAAAAGAAUUCGGGGGACUUGGGAAGUUCGUCCCGUCAGAUUUGUUAAACAACAUGAAGGAAAAAGAGUUGCGAAAAAUUCUUGAUCAGCAGAUUAAGCAGAACGAGACCCUUGCUUCACUGGGAGAAAGAUAUAUGACCUCGCUGCUGUGUAAACUGCAUUAUCUCAACCUUGCGGUAGAAAUGUUUUCCUACGGCGGGAGAUACUUUGACGCUAAGCUCCUUGAUGAUGAGAACGAUGGACCCAGUCUGAAAAAGGUAAAGAAGCAACAUAUCACCGUUCUUAUCAACUUGAAGUAUGGAGUAAGUCGAGUCCUCAGGGGAAAAGUAAAUGUGUUGUGUCAACUAGCUGAACUUCAAGAUAUAACAGGAUUUUCGAUUCGUCCAGAAGAAGACAACAAGCGGCUGCUACAGAUCAUGCUACAAGAGGGAAAGAAGUUGCAACUGAUCUGUACCACCUUGGUCUGCUUGGAUAUGAUCGCACUAAUCACUGGUUACUACAAAGUGUAUGUCGACAAUACGAGCAACACGCCAUUGCCAGUCGAAAACGAGGAGACUUGGCCGUUCAGCUUCCGAAAGAGCUCCCCUCGUAAAGAUGCGCCAGACUACUACUCAAGACAUCGUGUUGUCCCAGACGUGUGGUCUUAUCCUUCUCGCUUUCAAAUCUCAAAUACGAUCAAGAAACCACCUUUAGAAAAUUGUAAACCUUUCAGUGAACACAAAGACGUUUUCGUUGACUUUUCAAGCGCUCCGCCCAGAUACAAAGUUAAAGCAACCGUGAAUGCCAUUUCAGAAGAAUCCGAGUCAGAGGACGUUUUGGUAUUGAAGAAAACAAGUCAGCGACAAAAAGGUGAAGUAGAAAUUGGCCGUGAACAAGAAACUUUUCAGCACGAUUCUUUAGAAACAGAGAAUGUAGAUAGUGGUGGAGAAUAUCUCACCGAUAUUAACGACAAUGACAGUGCAGAUUUAGUCCUGUUGGAUGAAGAUCACGUGCUCCUGGAAACCGAUUCUUCUUUUUUGAAAUGUACGUCAGAAGAUAUCGUUGUCAUGGACGAAACCGAGUUUUGCUGUGACAGUGAAACUGCUGCUGUCAGUGAGGAGUUCCUUGCUACUCGUAAGCGACCUCAUGGGUCGCCGGAAGGUCGCGAUAAGCAAAAUGUGGCGUUAAAAUCCGAAAAAAUUGACCUGCCAGAAACUCCGCGAGAAAAUCAAGAGGACCUGAUUUCACAGCUGAUUGUUGCAGAGGAAUUGUGGCAAGAAGAAAGUUCCGUUGUUCUCGUUAAUGGUUCAGGUAACAAAGCCUUUGAAACGGUUUCAAUAGAUGGCAGUGGUAGUUUUGACAACGCGUAUCAUAGUCAGAUGAAUAACUCUGUUCACGAUGAAAGAUUGCUCCUAGACUUUGAAGAUGGACACGAGGAGAUUUCGUCUGACACUGAGGACGACAAAUCUGAUGAAAAUGAGCUAGGUCCUUACCUUGAAUGUACUGAGCACAGUCUUGGUCGUACAGACAUUAACCAAAACAUUGUUACUGAUUACCCUUGCACAAAAAUUUCCUUGCUAGCGAAGGACAGUGGUGUUGCAAGCCCUGCUGUCUCAGAGCACGACACUUCCAUCAAUACAAAUCCCCUACAGGACAGAAGUACAUCACCUCCAAGGGCCUUGGACUUUGACGAAAGUAAUUCUGACAAUGAAGGUAUUGAAUUGAUUGAUUACCUUGAAAACAAAAUCUCUCAGGGGCCUGUGGAGCAAGGAGGUGCAUUAGCUUUACAACGGAACGACUCGGAAAAUAAUGGGAAUGAAAGUGGAAGCAGUUACGACAAGGGAGAACAAUCUCCAGAAACCUUGAAGAGAGUUGACAAACUCGAAUUGAAGGCUGAUUCGUGUUUGGAUAUCGACGAUUUCGCAGCUGGCGAAGGAGAAGAUUUAGUGAACAGCGUGGACAGUCACCAUAUCAGUUUAGAGUUUUGCGAGGGAAGCGAGGCGGAAACAGUGUCAACAACGUCGGAUGACGAUGAAUCUCUGUGGUCCUUAUUUCCACAAUACUUUCGGCCGAGUGGAAACGCGAUGCGUACGAGUAUUAACAGUGUGGACCUCUCUUUGGCUGAAGAAGAUCAGUACGAAGAGGGUAUAAAUUCUCCUGAAACCGAAGGAGAAGUAGCGUUACUGAGUUUCAAGGUGCUAAAUGCGAGAGAUGGGAGUACUCCAAACAUCGGUUCAAAAGAGGAUGAAGCUACCUUUCUCGAUAACUGCGACGAAUCGUCAACAGCCUCUUCGGAGGGUCUAGAAGAAACCUAUGAAGUGAAUGCCGAAAUACUCUCCGAAAGCGAAGAAGUUAGUGAGGACAGCGGUUAUGCCAAUUCCAAAGAGAACGAUAAAAGCAGCUUGGGAGUAAUUUGUAACAAAGUAGACGAAACUUCCUCUUCAUCUCCAAACAGUGCGAGAUGUGCGUGCUGCACGAAUAACUGCGAUAUUUCUCCUGGCAAUUAUUCCAACGGUACAUUAUUGGUAGCUGAGACGAAGUAUACGUCGGAUUUCGACCAACACCCUGAGAAACAAUUUCUUGAGAAGUUUAAGUCUGCUGAAUUGUCAGAAGGAUUCGAAGUUCCUAGCCAUUCAAGUGAUGCGUUGGUAAAACAUAACGUUAAGGGAGAUGCAGAAAUUCUCUCCACUGAAAAUUGCUCACCGAAAAACUUGGACGAUAAAGGAAUGUUUGAAGAUAGGAGCUACUCUCCGUCCGACUGGAUAAUUCCAUCCCCACCCACUCCAACACCUGAGCUGCAGGAUACUGAUAUUCCCAUUGUUUCACCCCCUCCUCUAUCCUUAACACCAGACGGAGAUCGACUAGAUGAGGAGUUGAAGCGCCUGAUUGUCCCUCCCCCUCCCGCUUCUGUCGAUGUUUUGCCGAAUGUUUCGGGUAUCAAGAUUGCGUCUCCCCCUCCCUUGGAUUUAAGCGACAGUGAGUUGGAGCGUUUGAUGGAUGACUAUGAUGACGUCAAAUUUCUUUCUCUCACCGAUGACCACAAACUCGCCAAGACCAAUGGUUUGGUGUCAGCUGAAAUCUACGAUGCUAAUUUCACCGAGGACAAGAAACCUCAGGUACUGAAGGUCGCAGCUGAUCUUCCAAGGAUUCAGAAAGAAUCAUCCGCAUUCUUGAGCAGAAACGAAAGUAAUUAUAGUCCGGUAGAAAACCUCUCCAAUUCAAAUCAAUCUCGCGCCGAGAACGUUUCUUCAGCUUUCACUUCUCAUUUAUGUGAGUCACAGGUCUCACCUAAUCCGCCCUCCUCAUUUGUUCCGUCGACCUUGAUUGAUUUCAAUGCCAGAUUAAAAUAUAAUAACUCUGAUCAAAAGGUGGGCGAAUUUCUCGACAAGGAAAUCGGUAAAGGUGCGGAAAACCUCGACAUUUUCACGAAGAACGAUGAAAGCUUAAAAACGGCACUCGGGGCGAGUUCUGCUUCUGCUCAUAGUAAUCAGGAAGUUUUUGAACAGUGUAGAAGGUUUCCUUCAAAACAAAAGCCUCCGCUUCCUCCUAAACCUCGAAUUCUCCGCUUCCGGUCAGUAUCGGGUGAAAAAACAGUCAGUAUACCCAAAAAUUCUUCUGACGGGAAAAGAACGUGUAAGUCGUCAACCGCCGGAACUUGGUAUCCAGGAGAUAGACGUUUAGAAUCCAUAGCAAGGGUUAAGAGUUCCAACUUGUCUAAGGAAACAUCUUCGAACAACAUCGAUCAUUCCUUUCGCCAAUCAAUCACAGAGCAUUCGCAUCAGAAAUCCUCUCCUCCGACAUCAAUCGAUCCAGAAGACAACCCAAGUAGGACAGAGGUCAACCCACGGCGUGACAAAUUUAGCACGAGGAGUUUAUCAGUUACAUGCAAAUCGCCAUACGUGCCUGCACCGUACUCAACGUCACGGAUGCAAAAUCUAUCUUUGGUAACGUCUCCGAUAGAGUCUGAGAGGUUACAUGUACAUGGACCCACUCUUUGCAAAAUCAACAACUUCUUGUAUGCAAGAAAUUAUUCGGGAAGAUCGGAAAGGGGCUGCUCAGAUGCAGUGCGCUUUUAUGGGUUAGAGCCUUCCACUUUCUCAACAAAUUCCACAACGGCAAUGUCGAAAGAAGUGUUGCUUCAUAAGGAGACACAUUUAUCGAUUGGGAAGCCAGCAUCGCAUUUACAUGAACGUUGUGGAAAUUUUACAAAAACCCUCAGUAGAAAUCUAUCUGAAGAUAUCACAGAAAGCACGGUCCCAAAGGAAAGAGUUGAAAGCCCAGACCUGCACCGAACAGCCCCUGAACAUCAUGAAGACAAGUGCAACAGCUCGGUAGGCUCAUCUCCUCUCCUUGACAGUCUCCCGCCACCAUUACCGAAGUCUUCUCCCCCUACCUCUAUUCCUUCGUUCGAUCUCGAAGAUUUUGACAACAGCGAACCGCUAAUCGAAACAUGUUGCGAUGACGCUCUGAACUGUAGUGUUGAAUCAAACACUAGUCCGGAACUUACAUCUCUCAACAAAGACUUGAAAUUUAAGCUUCAUUCCGACUCAGUAGAAAAAUCAAGGACAGGCUGCUUUGAGAGACGAGAUGGUGAUAGCACGUUAUCUGCAUCUUUAACUUUAUUUUCGCCAUGUCGAGAACGACGUUUCUUUAGCGAAGAUUGGUCUUCUCGCGAUAACGCUUUGUUUUUAAGCAAUAAAACAAAACGAGGUAGCCUUGCUUUCGAGGAUGACGAUAAGACCGAAGAUUCUGUGCACAGGUUGGAAGAAUUUCAAAUAAAAGCUUUUCGAGUAAAAUGUUGCCAUGUUUGUGAGGAAGGCCUUUCGAAGGUGAUUAUUUUAAUGAACAGGUUGGAGUUGUGUUUGAACAAAACGGUAUUGAAUGCACAAACGAACGGCGAAAAGAGAAACUGGCUGUUGAAAGUUCAAAAUAAUGCGAGGUUCUUAGCAUGCGAUGUCAAGGUCAUUUCAUCGAGUACCAAACGUGGAAGCCUCCAAGUAGUAUCAGCUAUUAAAACAUCUUUAGAUUCUCUCGAAAAGCUGGUUGAGUCAUGCGAGAACACUCACUCAAUGGUAGAUGCUACUUGCGAUUGGAAUGGCCGCCAUAUUGUUGCCACGGUCCAAGAAGUCGUGGAACAGUAUUAUGACAUUUUGUGCACCGUGAAAAUUGCCUCAUUUCAGAAAUCCGAUAACCCGAAUAUAGAACUUUUAGUCAAAAAGACCAAUGCCUUUACAGCAUUGAUUGAUUCAUUGAUUCGAGCUCUUAGAAGGUAUUAGUCCCAGUUUAAUUAGUUUUUAGUGCAUCAAACAUAGUCCGCCGUUUACGUAACUGCAAGGUUAAACUCGCUACUAUUUAACUUAUUGAACUGUUGUGAAACCCUUCGCAACAAAGCUGUAUAUGCUCUAAAUAUUUUUGAUGGUCUUAUUUAUUAUGAAUUUUUGCAAUUGAAAUAGGCGCCAUAAAAUGGAAAGCAAAGUACCCGUGUUCAACGGAAUUAUCCAAUUAUGGACAAAAAAUUUAGUUUGUAUAUAAUAUACAUGUAAAUAAAGGAAUUUAAAUUGUGUAAAGAACGUAUCUCAUUUGAUUGAAGCACAAACUUGUGUUAGGGAGAGGAGACGUUUCCAGUUACUGUGGUAAAAACUUUGGAUCGUGUCAUUAUCCGAGGGACUACGCACCCACCCCUCCCCCAAUCCAUUAUUAGCCCUAACUUGUUAUCAGUUAACUGUUGUUGGUUUUUGGGGAGGAGUAGGUGCGCAGUUUCUCAGAUACGAACAUCGAUUCAAAACUUUCUGCGAUUAUGAAGAAAAUUGAUUCCUUCCCAAGAAGGACCCGAUCGAAGAAAUGAUAUAAUUGAUGGUGAUCCUUUUUAUCGGGGUGUGAGAAACUGCUAUUCUUAGACAUUUGGAAAUUGGUGACUAUUGUGAAGAAAAUUAGUUUAGUCGUUAAACAAUGCUUCUUCGAAUAGCAUAUUCGUCUUUCAUUUCCAUGCAAUGAUGUUCAUACUCGAUACUUGUGAAAAAAACGCUUUUCCCAGUACAUGUAGAUGCUUUGUGCGGAUUUUUUUUUUUAAACACGAAAUAUUUUGCUUCACCAGUUGACUUACUUCGUACAUCGCGACCUAUUAAUGCAAAUUAUUUCUCGAGUGGUUGCGCAGCUGAACGGAAAGCUUAGCUGAUAGCGAUGCAAAGCUUGUUUCAUUCUAACAUUCCUCAGUGCCAAUCAAUCACCUCUCUCUCCCCAUCCCAAUUUUUUACUUCAAAUCUAUUCAGCUUCGUAUGUGUCCAAGGAUACUACCCUUGGGUGAAAGCUGUUCCAUCGAUAAAAU